GGCGGAGCCGGGACCUCGCGUGAUUCUCGGAACCCGAGGAGAAGCGGCGUCUGUGGCUAUGGCUGUAACUCUCGACAAAGACGCUUAUUAUCGACGAGUGAAGAGACUGUACAGCAAUUGGAGGAAAGGAGAAGAUGAGUAUGCCAAUGUUGAUGCCAUUGUUGUAUCAGUGGGUGUUGAUGAAGAAAUUGUUUAUGCUAAAUCAACUGCCUUACAGACAUGGCUCUUUGGUUAUGAACUAACUGAUACUAUCAUGGUAUUCUGUGAUGACAAAAUCAUCUUUAUGGCCAGCAAGAAAAAAGUGGAGUUCUUGAAACAGAUUGCCAACACUAAGGGCAAUGAGAAUGCUAACGGAGCCCCUGCUAUCACACUACUCGUACGAGAAAAGAAUGAAAGUAACAAGAGCAGCUUUGACAAAAUGAUUGAAGCCAUUAAAGAAAGCAAGAAUGGCAAGAAGAUUGGAGUGUUCAGCAAAGACAAAUUUCCAGGAGAGUUCAUGAAGAGCUGGAACGACUGCCUCAACAAAGAGGGUUUUGACAAAAUAGACAUCAGUGCAGUUGUGGCCUAUACCAUUGCUGUAAAGGAGGAUGGAGAACUCAAUCUAAUGAAGAAAGCAGCUAGCAUCACCUCUGAGGUCUUCAACAAAUUCUUCAAGGAAAGAGUCAUGGAAAUAGUUGAUGCAGAUGAGAAAGUUCGACACAGCAAACUGGCUGAGUCAGUGGAAAAGGCCAUAGAAGAGAAAAAAUACCUUGCUGGGGCAGACCCUUCUACUGUGGAAAUGUGUUACCCUCCUAUCAUUCAGAGUGGUGGCAACUAUAACCUCAAGUUCAGUGUGGUGAGUGACAAGAACCAUAUGCAUUUUGGGGCCAUUACCUGUGCCAUGGGUAUUCGCUUCAAGUCUUACUGCUCCAACCUUGUUCGCACUUUGAUGGUUGAUCCUUCUCAGGAGGUUCAAGAAAAUUACAACUUUUUGCUUCAGCUGCAAGAGGAGCUGUUAAAGGAACUAAGACAUG